AUGUCUGCCCCUUUGUUGUCUUCACAACUAGGCUCAACCUACAUCCCCAAUGAGAUCGAGCUCGUCACAAUAAAGCAACAUAUAUCAGAACACAUGGCCGAGUUAAAGGUUCUUGAGGCAAGGGUGGACCUGGCUCUCAAAGCGUAUGAAGACCUUCGCACACAAUACGACACGCUAUCCUUGAAGAUCGACCAAUACAAGGCAUUGGCCUCCCCAUUACGACGGCUUCCUACUGAAAUCCUAGCGGAGAUCUUUUUCUACUGCCUCCCCACCGAGACAAAUUCAAUCAUUAGCCCAAACGAAGCACCGUUGAUCCUCACUCGCGUAUGCAGUAAAUGGCGCAAGAUUGCUCUCACCACACCCAUUAUUUGGUCCACAAUUCACAUUUCUACACCACCCAUAGAUUCACGGAACUCGCUUACCCUCCGAGAUGAUUAUAUUUCUCGGCAAGUCGAAUGUCGAACUAAACUGGUUUUUGACUGGAUUGCUCGGUCGGGGGAAUGUCCACUGUACAUAUCGAUCUUCAUACCCGUCAAUUCCCACCCUGUCUGGGCAGGUUUUGAGAAACAAGUGCUGAGAUGCCUGAACAGUAACUCCCACCGUUGGAAGGAAACCAACUUCAACAUGCCUUCGAGGUAUCUGUCCGAUAUAUUUGCGAUGGAUAGGUCAAAAUUCCCCAUGUUGACCUCUUUGGCCAUAACCGUUGUGGAUUUAUAUUUGCUAGAUCGGCCUACGUUGGCUCAAAGGCACGGGAUUUGUGAAGCAUCAAACCUCACUGCUGUCUCAUUCGAAAAUAUACCCGAGGAUCUCACCCAGCUCCCAUUGCAUUGGGCACGCCUUCAUACAUUAUCUUUGACCUGCGGAUCAAGGUCAAUAUCCGACGUGGGGAAGGUGUUAGAGUCAUGCAAGUCACUUUUCCGGCUUCAUAUCGUGGCUACGCCCAAUUCCUCUUCUUCAUACAAUAAAACCAUUACUCUUCCGAUGCUAAAUUCGUUGAUUCUUUUUGACACUGGAUGUAACUUCUUGGAUUGUCUGGAUGUCCCUUCCCUCCAAUAUAUUAGAUAUCAUUACACUUAUCCUGAAGGCAAAGGCACUCUGUUGUCAUUUAUACCACGAGUAGCCAACGGUCUUCAAACUCUUAUCUCAGACUUUCAACUGUUGUCGAACGAGGAUUUUCUACUGUGCCUCCGUCACUGUCCUAACCUCGUCAACCUGUCCAGCUGCCCUAAGCCCAAUUUGGCGAUCUUUGUGAGAGUUUCCCGAACUCAGCAAACGCCCCAACGACACCUCAACUUUAAUGACGCUCUAUUAGACUUGCUGUGCACCCCGGAUUCCGCAGGCCGCUUUUUCCUACCAAAGUUACAAAUCAUUGACUGGGGUACUCCAGCACAUUUCUCCGACGAAAAGCUGUUAGAAUUCAUACAUCUUCGGCGAGACAGAUCCAGUCCUGGGGUCAGCAAGUUAAAGAGAAUUGUGGUACUUCGGGAACAUGAAUCUGAUAAUUCACAGAUGGAAACGAUCUUAAAACAAUUCAACGACAAAGACUCUUUCAAAGUCGAUAUACGCUAUGCUAAACCUUCAAAUUCGCGCAUAGUUCUACAAGUUGAUCCUCGUCUUGGCCUCCCCUCUCAAUUAUGGCUCUCUUGA